AUAUGCAGACAUAUGCAGUUCAUUUAUGGGUAUACUUGAUUUGAGAAAUUAUUCAAACUUUAACUUGUAAUAUCUUGCUUAGCAUUAAAGAUAUCCAAAAACUGUAAAGGACUUUUUGACUCAGAUUUUUAUGUAGAAUAUGCGAUUCUUUUUAUGACAUAUACAUCAAUUAAACCCUGCACAGGACCAGCGUAUAGCAGUGCCGCGAUUUCGUGGAAUCGGUGAGAUGUGAUAAUCCCUACCACUUGGCAUGGGGAUUCACACCACUAUUAUAUACAUACAUGCACGAUAUAUCGAUGUAGCAGAAGCCGAAGCUAUACCGAUAUGUAAUGCAUGUGGUAGUAGCAUCUUAUGUCCCCCAUGUGGUGGGGACAUUCCACGAAAUCGCGGCACUGGCUUACAUAUACAGUUCACAUGUAUGUACCGCAUUCGCCGCUGAUAACUUCAUGGCACUAGUGCGAUUUUGGUGCGCGCCGCGAGCCGCGAGUAUUCGAGUGUUCUCCAACAAACGUUCUCAAACGAGCGUUCUUUGACACAACAGGUACGCUUACCUAUUAAUAGAUCGAUACCAAACCCAAGAAUUGAACACAUUCGUAAGUAAUAAGCUAUAGUUAUGAUUCCCACAACAAAAAAAAAGUUUUUGGCGGAAUUUAUUGCAAAGAAAUAACUCGUGUUUGAAAGGAAGACGGACCAAGACCUUGAUUUUGGAGCAAAGUUAUUGUAAGUCCUGAAAUUAACACGUUGGCUACCGCUGGAAAACGAUUGAUGCGGCUACAGGCUUUAUUUUUGCGGAUAAUAACGAAAGAGUAGACAAUUAUAAUGGAAAAAGAGAAGCAACAAUCAAGUUACACGUCACCAUCAUACCCUAAUCCGCAGCCACCACCGAUAAUGCCACUACCACAAACGGUACAUACGGUUUUAACGAGGAUGGUGUUCAGCAAGGAAAGUCAAUAUAUAAUCUGUCCACAUUGCCAUGCUGACACAAGUACGCGCGUAGUGUCGGAAGCAAACACGAAAACACAUCUGCUUGCGUUACUACUCUGUGCAUGCGGAUGCUGUUGUUGUGCACCGUGUCCUUACUGCACGGAUUCUAGUCGAAUCCACAGGCAUUAUUGUCCAGCGUGCACUAAUUUCCUUGGAGAAUCAACAAAUUAAUUAAUUUGUCUACUUACAAUAAAUAUAUACGAAGAUACAGCAAAAUUAUGUUACCAUCAAUUCUGUGGCGGAUUUACCAAACUCCGUCGCGGCGUCGCUCUACGCAUUUGAAAUUUUGCCGCCCUUCAAACUUGGCUGUAGAUCAAUUUUAAUUAUCAACUCAUUUUUUGAAUUGUUUUAUUAUUAAAUAUUUUUAUAAUAUAUUAGAA